CACCUCCACCUCCACCUCCACCUACCACAGGGCCAGAAGAGAACAUCUGCUGAGCCAGAACAAGAAUAAGGUUAUGAAACAAUGGAUGACUGACAAAUAAGAUUUACUUUACUAUUCCCUGGAGCAGCAUCUUGUUUGCUUUUUGACUCUUCAUAUUUUCUUGACAAAAAAGGGAGACAACUUUCUGUUUUUUUUUUUCCCACAACAACAAAAAAACUGCAAAGGAUUGUAUAUUUAUUUUUGAUCUUUUUUUUUUCAAACAAUCUGCUCAUAGAUAAGUGUUUCUCCUCAAAAGACUUGUGUUGGGGAUGUUGAGCUCCGUGAAGAUGGAAGCACAUGAUCUACCAGAGUGGAAUACUUUCUACAGCGAGAACAGCGAGAUGUAUUCCUCCCCCAGCACCAUGAACUCUGGUCUGGGCUCCAUGGGCUCCAUGGGCACCAUCAACAGCUACAUCAACCUGAACCCGGCCACCGCCUCCCUCGCGGGCAUGAACAUGGCGUACCCAAGCUCAAGCCUCAGCGGCUCCCCGCUGGCCUCCAUGGGCUCCGGACCAGGCCACAUGUCCCUCUCCCCGGUGACCUCGUCCCUCAGCUCGGGCCCCCUGACCCAGCUGGGCCCGGGCGCUCCGGGCUCCCUGGGCUCCCUGACUCACUACCAGAACAUGGGCCAGUCCAUGAGCCAGCUGGGGUACUCCUCCGCCGCGCCCCUGAGCCGCGCCGGGCCCAAGGAGAUGCCCCCGAAGCCCUACCGGCGCUCCCUGACCCACGCCAAGCCGCCGUACUCCUACAUCUCCCUCAUCACCAUGGCGAUCCAGCAGAGCGGCAGCAAGAUGCUCACCCUUAACGAGAUCUACCAGUGGAUCAUGGAGCUGUUCCCUUACUACCGUGAGAACCAGCAGCGCUGGCAGAACUCCAUCCGCCACUCGCUCUCCUUCAACGACUGCUUCGUGAAGGUGGCUCGCUCGCCGGACAAGCCGGGCAAAGGCUCCUACUGGACCCUGCACCCGCAGUCGGGCAACAUGUUUGAGAAUGGCUGCUACCUGAGGCGCCAGAAGCGCUUCAAGAUCGAGGAGAAGCUUGCCAAGAAGGCGGGCAAGGGCCAGGAGGGCUCGGGGAAAGGGGGCCAUGGUGGGGAUCACCUGGUGGAGGACCACAGCCCACAGGGAUCGGAGGGAGCAGACUCCGCCCACUCGGACAACUCCCACCCGGGCUCCUCUGACGACCAACCGCAUCCCAGAAACUCCCUAGUUCCGCUGGACUGCCCUCCGCUGUCCUCCUCACACCUGCACAGCCCACCUGUCUCCCUGGCUCCGUCCUCCUCCGCCUCGUCCUCCCUGUCCCUCUCGGCCACCACCUCCUCCAGCCCGCUCCUCCACUCCCAGUCUUUAGGCGCCCACCUCCUGCCAAGCGCCAUGCAGCAGCACAUGGACCUACAGAGCGACGCCCUCAAGUCCCUGGACCCCCACUACAACUUCAACCACCCCUUCUCCAUCACCAACCUCAUGUCCAACGAGCAGAAGAUGGACCUGAAGUCCUACCAGGACCAGGUGAUGGCCUACAACAGCUACGCCAGCGGCUCUCCCGUGGGGGCCAAGCAGAUCUACGACACUCAGGGGCCGGCCGUCAUGGACUCAGGCGCUUACUACCAAACUCUGUACAGCCGCUCGGUGCUCAACGCCUCCUAAUGUGGACACUCAACCCCCCCCACACACACACACACACUCACCUGUCUCUAGAGGCGAGCCAAGCUGGAGACUUCUUUUCCUCUUGCCCUUUUCUAAAAUGGACACCCCAGCUCUCUUUAUCUUCCUCUUUCUCUCUCUCUGGCUCAAGUCCAGGAGACCUUGGUAGAGACUCGCAUCUAAAAUGGCUGCCAUGUUUGAGGGACCAAAGGACAGUUUUUUAGUUUUUGUUUUACACAAGGACGGAAAAAGUCUGGACGAAGACAUCCGACUGGUGUGUGUGUGUGUCAAUACAGGAGUCAGAUUCUGUCUUGUUGAAAUUGGCUUUGUACAAAAUGUAAAUAGACAUAAUGCGGGGAGGAAAAAAAAAAAGAAUAUUUGCAUUUAUUUAUGAAGGGAAUACAUUUUAAUAUAUCUUGUAUAGCGCUCUGUUGACCAGUUACAACCCAAAUGUGAGAGGGUUUUUUUCUGCUUGAAGCAGGUGUUACUGCAGUGGGAGACCUUUAAUAUUAUCUUUUUGCGUUACAACAUUUCACACCACGUCCAUCGUUUCCAUCAGAUCAGGCAUUCGUUGAUGUACAUGUAGCUGAUGAAGUCUGUAUUUGUUAUUUUUGGUUGAUAUGAAGAAGAAAAGAAAAAAAGAAGCCAUUUUGUCCUCGCUGGAGCUCAGAGGAAACUAAAGCAAUCUUCUGUAGCCAAAAGGAACGGGGCAAAGCAACUGUGGUAAAAACUAUAUAUAUAAAAAUUAAAAAACAUGUUGUGUUUAUGUUUUUGUUACAGGAGCAUUAAAACCAGAUGCUUUCUCGACAGACUGUCACAUUUAGAAUCAGAGAUAGCCGGUGCGGCAUGUGGGGGAGCUCAGUCAGUUACUAAACCAGGAGGAGGGGGAGGAGAUGCACUACGGGAGGAUUUACAUACAGUACUUUGCACUAUGGAGCUCCCGAUGGCCAGGUGGGCUGAUAGUGUGUGUGUUACAACAAUACUUGGGAGCGCCCCCCCCAAACACCCCCUCGCAAUGUCAAUGCGUCGGCUCAAUGGGAUCAGUGUAACAAUGUCACUGGGUGUCAAAUGACCCACGCAGUGCCGAAAAAGUGCCUUUUUCUUUAAAUGACUACUGAUCUGAUAGGAGAUCAAUGUAUCGACGAUCUAUUGAAGGAUUAUUCAGAGGAGGACACAGAGGGUUCAGGUCACACGGUGUCCUUUUGUGGAGCAUAUUUUUAAGAGAUAUGUCUUUUAUUUAAGUUGCUUUUUAAACUUUCAAAGUGUGCUGAUAUAAUAUAUUGUUGUUGUUUUUUUGUCAUUGUUGUUGUUUUCUGUUGGUUGUAAAUUUGAUUUAAAUGAUUCAUGUUUCAUUUUUCUUAUUAAAAAGGCAAAAAAUGAGGGGAGAAA